AUGGGUUUGGUCUCUGGCCGUGAAUUCAUGGACGACCCCGUUGACUUCGAUCGAGCUGCAGCCGGGAGUCUUCUCCAGGCCCCGACGCUUCAUCAGUGCCCUCACCUUGUCGGCCUCAGACCAGAGGCUAGCUUCCACGUACAUGCUGGCCAGCAGCACGUAGGUGGCGCCAUCUUUUGCAUCCAGAUUUAGUAACUGUGAGGCGGCGCGCUCUCCCAUGGCCACAUUUCCAUGGAACCUACAAGCAAAAAAGAGGGAGGCCCAUAGAACGGCGUCGGGGCUCAUGGGCAUACUCUCGAUCAGAUCCUCGGCUUCGUCGAGAAGCCCAGCUCUCCCCAAAAGGUCAACCAUGCAGGAGUAGUGCUUGAGCCCUGGCAGGAGGUUGUACUUGCGCCGCAUCUGGUCAAAGUAGUGGCGGCCGUCGUCCACUAAGCCUGCAUGGGAACACGCCGACAAGAGCCCGAGGAAGGUCACGCCAUCGGGGGUCAACCCACCAGCUGUCAUCUUCGAGAAGUGAGAUAUGGCGUCCUGUCCAAGGCCGUGAAUGGCCAGACCGCUGAUCAUGGCUGUCCAGGUCAACGCAUUCCUCUCGGGCAUCUCACUGAAGACCGACCGCGCCUUGUCGAUGUUCCCGCAUUUGGCAUACAUGUCAACGAGGGCCGUUCCCAGAGCAACAUUCAAACGGAAAUUAUGCUUCCCCAUGAAGCGAUCCGCCCAUACUCCCACGCCGUGGGCUCCGAGCUGUGCGCAAGCCGACAAAACGUUGACCAUGGUGAUCUCAUCAGGGUCAACGCGUAACCGCUGCAUCUCAUGGAAGAGACUCAGUGCGUCCUUAGCUCGACCCAGCUGA